AUGGAGAUCGGAGCGCGGGUCUUCAAGCAUGGACGGGGUCUUGGAAUUGUCGCGUUGGACAAUGAAGAUGGGACGUGGAAUGUUGAAUUUGACGACGAUGGCGCGGAAGGUGACUUCCGUGUCGAGGACCUCGUGCUGGUGAACAGCCUCUCCUGGGCGCCGGCAGGUGCUGCCGUGGUACCGUAUCCGUGGAGCCAAGAGAAAGCUGAAGGCCACAUCAGGUUCGUGUGCUUCAGUGAUACCCAUGGCAUGCAUGACCUCAUUCCACGGGAGCAUCGUCCGCCAGCCGAUGUGCUCCUACAUGCAGGUGACUUCACGAACACAGGCGAGCCGGAGCAAGUGAGAAGCUUUGGUGAGUGGCUUUCAGCAUACCCAGCACAAGAGAAAAUUGUCAUUGCCGGAAACCACGACAUUACCUUCCAUGAGCAGUACUACAAGACACGCGGUGCCGCACGAUUUCACAGGGCCGGUGCAUACGAUUGCCACAAGGCCCGGAGCUCACUAACGGGCUGCACAUAUCUGGAAGAUUCUUCCCUGGACGUUUUCGGGUACAAAGUCUAUGGGACACCAUGGCAGCCGGAUUUCUGCGAUUGGGCUUUCAAUCUGCCCAGAGGCCGGGAGAUCCGCCAGAAGUGGGAAGCCAUCCCGGAGGAUACGGACAUCCUUCUGGUGCACGGGCCGCCUGCUGGUCAUGGAGACCGCUGCCGUCAUGGCCGGGUCGGAUGCCAGGACCUCUUGGAAGUUGUCCAGAGCCGCGCUAUCUCGGUGGUGGUGGCUGGCCACCUCCAUGAAGACCACGGCUGCACCACAGAUGAGGCGACCCUGUUUGUGAAUGCUUCCACCUGCACCUCGGAGUACAACCCGACGCAUCGACCAAUCGUCUUCGACCUCCCACGACGUGAGCAGCUCCGCCCCGUCACGGAGGCUGCAGCUCUGCGCCGGGAGGCCGCAAAAACACCCGGAAAGAGCCCAUGA